CCCCAUCAUCUCUCUCCUUCCCUCCUUCCUUUCGCCUUUUGUUAUCCGAACUAAUCCCCUUGUCUGUCUGUCCACAGGAGUGCCUCAGUACACAAGGAUCGUCGAGGAAUCUGGUGAGGAUGUGAUCUUCGAUGAGGUGUUGGAGUGGCCCGUAGGCAGGUGUGUGGAACCCGGGGAGGAAGUUCAGGUGCAGUUGCAAGCCUACAACAAGUAUUUUAGCAACAGGAGUCUUGCAAAUUAUGGCUUCGUGUUGCAAAGGCUGGUCGGCGAGGGCGCGGUGGUCGUCACUGACCACAUGACGGACGCAAAUAAUAAACUGGUGAAGAUCCUCAUUUCCUUCGAGGCUCGCUACAUCCCGCCGCCCGGAGGAGGAAGGGAAGGGCGCAGACGCAGGCACAGUGGAGCUAGAGUCGAGGAGGACGUCUUCGGAGGAAUAGAAGGAGGAGAAGGAAGCCCAGGAGGAGAAGGAGGAGGUAUAGAAGGAGGAAGAGGACUAGACAGAAGGAGAGGAAGUGGAGAUGGAGCUGGAGGUGUAGAAGGAAGGAGAGGAGGACCGGAGAGAGGAAGAAGAGGAGGAGGAGGUGGAGGAGGAGCAGCACUAGACAGAGGUGGAGGAGGACCUUUCUGGGAUGGAGACGUGAGCAGCGACUUCCAGGAAGGAGGGGGAUACGGAAGCGGGUUGGAGGACGACAAGCAGAUGCUCCUCGAUGUGGAACAGAAUAUCGCCAACCUCGAGAGGAACAUUAGCAUGCAGGAAAAACACUCGGGGAUGAUGAGGGGAAGGAAGAGCAAAGAGAACUCGCCGGAGAUGCAGAAGAAGAGCCGAGGCUUCGCGGGCAUGAAGGCCGUCCGCUCGCUGGUGCGCCUCGGCCGCCAGCGGUCCCGCAGCGCCGGCGCCGACGACGACGAGCGCUGCGGACUCAAGGACGCGGACCACAACGACGUGCACGCCCGCGACCUCAGCCGCCCGCCCUCCGCCUGCUCCACCAUCUCCGACAACGAGUCCACUUGCUCCGUCUCCACCAACGUCAAGGCCAAGAGACACAAAUCCGAGACCGUGAACUCCACUCCUGCAGAACUCAAAGCUCAGGACUUCCAGGUAUGCAUAACAAUAAUUGAAGCGCGACAACUGGCGGGCCUCAACAUGGACCCUGUGGUGUGUGUGCAAGUUGGAGACCAGAAGAAAUACACGUCUGUGAAGGAGUCUACGAACUGCCCUUACUACAAUGAGUAUUUCGUGUUUGACUUCCACAUGGCCCCGGCUAUGCUGUUCGACAAGAUAAUUACGUUAACGGUCUUGCAAUGUCGGAACAUCCUCCGCUCCAACAAGGUCCUCGGGAGUUUUAAGCUGGACGUAGCAACCGUGUGGUCACAGCCAGAGCACCAGUUCUACCACAAAUGGGCGCUGCUCACCGACCCAGAUGACAUCACGGGCGGGCCCAAGGGUUACCUCAAGUGUGACAUCUGCGUGGUGGGCAAAGGAGACGCUAUAAAGGCCCCCUUGAGGAACGAUAAAGAUGAGGACGAUAUUGAGGGAAACCUACUGCUGCCCGACGGAGUGCCAGCAGAGAGGCAGAGGGCCAAGUUCAUCGUCCGCAUCUAUCGGGCCGACGGACUCCCCAAGAUUAAUUCCUCGAUCAUGGCCAACGUUAAAAAGGCCUUCACGGGCGAUUCCAAGGACCUGAUUGACCCCUAUCUGCAGGUCUCCUUCGCCGGACUCUCGCCCCAACACAGCCUCCCCGACGUGUUCCUGUGGAUGAUCAGCGGCGGGAAGCGAGUGGCCUACCAGCGCAUCCCCACCAGGCAUCUCAUCUACUCGCCGGUUGACCUGGAGAGAGGGAAGUCCUGCGGCGUGACCCAGACCCUCUUCCUCAAGCUCCCCGGGCGCAAGUCGAGCGGGCCAGGCGGCUGGGCCAUCCAGGCCAAGCUGCAGAUCUACCUGUGGCUGGGCAUGAUGAAGCACAAGAAGCACUUCCUGCCCGGCAUACCCAAGGGCUACGAGAUGCCUUACGAGCUGCGCAACAUCGAGAGGACCAUGACGCUGCCGCCCAUCACGCUGCACUACACGCAGAAACAGAUCUUCCAGCUGCGCGCGCACAUGUACCAGGCCAGGUCACUCAUCGCCUCCGAUAAUUCAGGUCUCUCUGACCCCUUCGCGCGGGUCAUCAUCGGAGAGCACUGUCGAGAGACUCAGGUGAUCGACGAGACGCUGAGCCCGACGUGGGAUGAGAUGCUGGUCCUCGACGACAUCCUCGUCUACGGGACCAAGGAGGAGAUGAAAGCUCAGCCUCCGCUCAUCGUGGUCGAGAUUUUUGAUCAGGAUAAAGUGGGCAAGUCGGAAUUCAUCGGGCGAGCGCUGGCACGACCGCACAUCAAGCUCCGAGAGGAAGCUUACGAACGACCUCACCUCGAAUGGCACGACCUGUUUCGCGGGACGGACCACGCCGGGGAGCUGCUGGCGACCUUCGAGCUCCUGCAGUUCCAGGACGGCGAGGAGGAGGGUGACGUCAUCGCCGUGCCGCAGGCCAAGGAGUGCCACGGGGGGGACAGCGGGCCCCUCAUGCCAGUGCCACGGGGCAUCAGGCCUACGCUCGCCAAGUACAGGCUGGAGGUGUUGUUCUGGGGCCUUCGCGACCUGAAGCGCAUCCACCUCCUGACGGUGGAUCGGCCGCGGGUGGACGUGGAGGUCGCCGGCCACAUCAUCCAGUCAGCCGUGAUCACGUCGGCGCGGAGGAACCCCAACUUCACGAAUCCCGUGAAGUACAUUGAUCUGGAACUCCCGGAGCAAGAGCUGUACUGCCCUCCAAUCACCAUCCGGGUCGUGGAUUGUCGGAGCUUCGGGAGGUUCACUCUGGUCGGGACGCACAUCAUCUCGAACCUGCACCGCUACACGUGGACGCCGACGACGAGGCGGGAGAAGGAGGCGGCGCGGAAUGCGUCGCUGGUGCAGUUGCAAGGAGACGACCCGAACGGCGUGGGGAACAACAACGCUCUCGUCCCCAACAACGUCCACGGCGGAGGCGGAGGCGGAGGCGGUGGAGGCGGUGGAAGCGUGGCCUACAGAGGGAACCACGAGCGAAUUCCACUCCUGCAGAAGGACACGAUCAUCACCAUCGACUAUGGAUCUGGCGCCGUUUCCAAGCUCGUGGGGGUGACGAAGAAGGAGAAAGCAGAAGCGAACAGAAGACGAAAGCAGAGUUUAGACAUAGAAGAGGAGGAAGAGGAGAACAGGGAUUGGUGGACGAAGUACUUCGCGUCGCUGGAGGCUGUGGCCAUUCAACAGCAGGAGAGCAGGGGGGCGAGAGAGCGAGCAGACAACCCCGACGGCGAGCAGACGCAGCCAGCAGGCACCCCUUUCGGCUCCACGCGGCGAGUUGCGGCGACUCGCCCGACAGACGUCAUACCGGGAGACCUGGAGACGGAAUUCAAUGGUUUCCGCGAGUGGCUUCACACCUUCGAGCUGUACCGCGGCAAGAAAACCGGGGACGAACUGGAGGAUGAGAACCGGGUCGUCGGGAAGUUCAAGGGCUCCCUCAAGCUGUACAGGUGGCCUCUCCCAAAGGACAUUGAGGACACGACCAUCACAGGAGGCGACCCGCAGUACGGGUUCUUCCAGGGCCUUCCCUCCAACGACCCCAUCCACGUCCUGGUGAGAGUGUACGUGGUCCGUGCUUGUGACCUUCAUCCCAUGGACCUUAAUGGCAAGGCCGACCCUUACAUCCUGAUCUACCUCGGGGGCAAGAAAGUGUCGGACAAGGAGAACUACAUUUCGAAGCAAUUGAAUCCCGUCUUUGGCAAGUGUUUCGAGAUCGAGGCCACCUUCCCCCAGGACUCGAUGCUGACGGUGCAGGUCCUCGACUGGGACCUCGUGGGCUCGGACGACAUGAUCGGAGAGACGAAGAUCGACCUCGAGAACCGGUUCUAUUCCCGACACCGAGCGACGUGCGGCCUCGCCUCCAGAUACGAGACGACGGGCUACAACCAGUGGCGAGACCCGAUGAAGCCCACGCAGAUCCUGGCCCGUCUCUGCAAGGAAGGACGCCUCGACGGACCUCACUACGGGCCAGGGAAGGUCAGGAUCGGCCCCAAGACCUUCACGCUGCAGGCUGACGACGAGCACGACCCCGGCAGGUUCCGGAUGAUAGGUAUGAUUGCGAGCGAAGAGCAGCUGGCACUCGCCGUUCUGCACCGCUGGGAGGAAGUGCCAAAGGUGGGGUGCCGCUUGGUGCCGGAGCACAUCGAGACGAGGCCCCUGUACAACCCCGAUAAGCCAGGCAUUGAGCAGGGCAAGAUCGAGAUGUGGGUGGACAUGUUCCCGAUGGACAUGCCGCUGCCGGGCCCGCCCCUCGACGCCACGCCCAGGAAGCCCAAGAGCUACGAGCUGCGCGUCAUCAUCUGGAACACCGACGACGUGGUCCUCGAGGACGACGCCUUCUUCACCGGCGAGAAGAUGUCGGACAUCUACGUCAAGGGGUGGCUCAAGGGCCCCGAGGACACCCAGUGCACCGACAUCCACUACCGGUCGUUAACGGGCGAAGGAAAUUUCAACUGGAGGUUCGUGUACCCCUUCGAGUACCUUGUGGCCGAGGAGAAGAUCGUCAUCAGUCGCAAGGAGUCGCUGUUUUCGUGGGAUGAGACGGAGUGCAAGAUCCCGGCGAGGCUGGAGUUGCAGGUCUGGGACGCCGACCACUUCUCUGCCGACGACUUCCUUGGCGCCAUCACCCUCGACCUGAACCGCUUCCCUCGCGGCGCCAAGAACUCCAAGCUGUGCACCCUGGACAUGCUCAAGACAGACGGUUCGGUCCCCAUGGUCAACAUCUUCAAGCAGAGGCGAGUCAAGGGCUGGUGGCCUUUCUACAUCAAGAAGGAGAACGAGGAGAUGGAACUGACGGGAAAGGUCGAGGCCGAGAUUCACCUGCUGACGAAGGACGAGGCGGAGAAGAACCCGGCUGGGCUCGGGCGCAACGAGCCGGAUCCUCUGGAGAAGCCAAACCGCCCCGACGCCUCCUUCAUGUGGUUCCUCAACCCUCUGAAGAGCAUCAGGUACAUCAUUUGGCACAACUACAAGUGGGCCAUCAUCAAGAUCCUCGUCUUCUUCGCUCUGACCAUCUUCUUCGUCCUCUUCUUCUACUCCGUUCCGGGAUUCACGGUCAAGAAGAUUCUGGGAGCGUAAACAAAACGGAGAUUCUUGGGAAUCUGAAGAAAACGGAGAUUCUGGAAACGCGGAGAAAAUGGUGAGUCUUGGAGUCUGAAGAAAAGAUUCUGGGAAUCUGAAGAAAACAGAGAUUCAUGGAGAGUGAAGAAAACGGAGAUUCUGGGAACGUGAAGGAAAUGGAGAUUCUUGGAGGGCGAAAAAAAUGGAGAUUCUUGGAGAGU